UGACGUUUAUCGAAUCGCGAAAUGAAUUUUAAAGUGAAACUUUACCUAAUGCUGUCGUUUAUUUGAAAAUGGAUGAUACAGAAUAUUUUACAUCUGAUUCUAGCGAAGAUGAACUGAUUAUUGCAGAAAAUCUGUUAGUGCACACACAUUUCAUUUUGACUAGCAGUUGUGCUACAAGAAAUGGCGGUUCCAGAUCAAAGAAAAAACCCAACAUCAAUCGGGUAGCGGAAGAGGGUGCUCAACGUUUGUAUGAGGAUUAUUUUUCGGGAGCUUCCAUUUACACUGAUGCACAGUUUCGUCGACGAUUUCGUAUGAGCCGCAAAUUAUUCUUAAAAAUCGCAAACGAUGUGAAAAACAGUAACCAGUAUUUUAUCCGCAAACCCAACGCUGCAGGUCAACUGGGAUUGAACUACUUGCAAAAGUGUACUGCCGCAGUUAGGCAACUAGCUUAUGGAAUUCCUGCUGAUGCAUUAGAUGAGUAUACUAGAAUGGCUGAGUCAACUGCUCGCAAAUGUCUUAAAGAAUUCUGCAAGACGGUUGAAACACUCUAUGAGAAAGAAUUCCUUCGACACCCAAAUGAAGCUGACAUACAGCGAUUGUUGAAAGAGAAUGAGCAACGCGGUUUCCCUGGUAUGUUGGGGUCAUUGGAUUGUUGCCAUUGGGAGUGGAAAAACUGCCCUACGGCAUGGGCUGGCCAAUAUAAGGGAAAGCAAAAAAAGCCAAGCAUAGUCUUGGAAGCAGUAGCAUCUUAUGAUCUUUGGAUAUGGCAUGCCUUCUUCGGAAUGCCUGGCUCUAACAAUGAUAUAAAUGUUUUGAAUCGUUCGCCACUAUUUUCUGAAAUCUAUAGCGGGCAGUCUCCAGCAGUAAAAUUUGUUGUGAAUGCUAGAACUUACACUUCCGGAUAUUAUUUAGCUGAUGGGAUAUAUCCGCCGCUUGCUACUUUGGUUCAGACAAUAACUCAUCCAAUUGGACUAAAGAGAAAGCACUUCGCAAAAAUGCAAGAAGCAGUGCAAUGCAAGACGUCGAGCGGGCAUUCGGUGUGUUGAUGGCAAGAUUUGCGAUAGUGAAAAAUCCUGCAAGGCUGUGGAAUAAAGACGAUCUCAGGAGUAUAAUGCGUACAUGCAUUAUUCUACAUAAUAUGAUCAUAGAGGAUGAAAGAGAUAAUGUAGUUACCUUUGAUUAUAUGUUUGCUUACGAAAACGCAACUACAAAUGUACCUAUGUGUUCGAAACUAGAUUUCAGUGCCUUUUUAACUCGCUAUAAGCAGGUUCAUGA